AUGAGGUCAUACUCCAUAAUCGUCAGUGUCAUAGUGAUGCAGUUGUAUUGCAAUAGUGCCUCGUCGUCGGGUGGCCACGUGGAUUCCACCGCGGUCGACUCGUCCGAUGCGUCGCAUUACACGCCAUUAGCAGUCAGAUCCAACGAUCGGCAGCGUCAGCGGAUAAAUAGCGAUACGGACGGAAGCGGAGGCGGAGGUGAUGACCAUCACAUUGACGACAGAUCGGACACUUAUGACGGUAACCGUCGUAAGGUCAACACGUAUCAUCACGUCAGUGACGGUACGUCUUCGUCGGCCACCGACGGAGGCGGCUGGAUCAUCGGCGGCAGUCGUCGACGGGCGUCGGCCGGAGCGCAAAAGUACCACCAGGACAAGGUGACGUUCGCGGGUGAGUCGGACGGCAAGCGGCGGGAACCGGAGGACGACAAGCAGCAGCAGUGGCCGGCGGUCAUCACCGGAUCGGAAGCCGCGUCGUCGCUGUCCGAAGUGCAGGUGGUCGUACACCAGGCACCGCACCUAAACUCGGUGGUGGAUGGCGAUCAGCAGCAACCGUCGUCGGACGUGGCGUCCAAGUGGUACUCGAAGCGGUUGUCGUACGCGACCAAGACGUCUCCGGCGGCCGCUUCCGCCACUGCACCGCCGUCGCUGUCGUUGCAGCAGCAGCCGGAUGCCGCGGGAAGCAACGCCGUUCUGUUGGCAGAAGUGCUCGGACAAAAGUCCGGUUUCAACACCACCGCCGGCAAGGGCGGCUAUUACGGCGGGCAAACCGUCACCGGUUCCAAAGGCUUUCAAAACGAUCUCAUGGACAUGUUGGGCAAAAUGAUACCUCAGACUUGCUGGUACAACAGCAACAAAUUCGAUUGCGGCCUUAGCAUUUCGUGCGUGCUCGAGGGCGGCAAACCAGUGGACUUGUGCAGUGGCGGCAUGAUAUGGAGCUGUUGCGUGUCCAGAGACAAAAUUCAGACAUCCGGAUCUUCUUCGUCGUCGUCAUCGCCGUCGUCCUCAUCGUCGUCAUCGUCCGUGACGGCGGCGUCGAAUUCGGUGGGAACAAUAGAAAAUGCCACCAUACAGUUCCUGAUGCAAUACCCCGAAUUUCAACAUCACUACAACAUGUAUAUGCAUCAACAACAUCAACAUCAGCAGCAACAACAACUGCAAAUACAACAACUACAACAACAACAACAGCACCAUCACAACCAUCAGCCCCCGACGGUGGCUAGUUACGUGGACAACUACAUCAACGACAUAAGUCCAUCUUCGCAGUCUUUCGUCACCGAUCAAACGGCCAAACCAUCGUACUAUUACCAACAAGAGCACCAGCAUUACCAUCCGUAUUACUAUCAGCACCACCAGAGUGCCGCCGGCGGUCAUUGGCAGAUCAACAGCGCCGGGGCAGUCAGCAGCACGUCGACCAGCACGACUUUACCACCCACGUCACAAAAUUUGCUGUUCCACAGCGAUCACGGAAACGUGUUUUAUUCCACGCAUAAACCACCUCAACUGGCGCCGUUCUCUCACAUCACGCAAAUCGGCAGCGGCAUCGGUGCUGACGAUCAAUUGCAGCAGCAACUGCAGCAACAGCAACUGCAACAGCAGCAGCAGCAGCAACCGCAACAGCAACAGAGUCAAUUGUUGCACUACAUGCCGUCCGGAUAUCGCGGUUGUGGAGAACUAUAUGCAAGAAGCCAUAGAAUUGUGGGUGGACAUGGAUCAAACUUUGGUACACAUCCGUGGCAGGCCGCUAUCAUCAAGUCAGGGUUUUUAUCAAAAAAAUUGUCAUGUGGAGGUGCUCUACUGAGUAAUCGAUGGGUAGUUACUGCUGCACAUUGCGUGGCCACCACGGCGAAUAAUAAUUUAAAAGUACGGCUCGGUGAAUGGGAUGUUCGUGAUCAAUCAGAAAAGUACGCACAUGAAGAAUUCAAUGUGGAGCGCAAAGAAGUGCAUCCACAAUACAGUCCUACAGAUUUUCGUAAUGACGUGGCUUUAGUCAAAAUUGACCACGACGUAACAUAUAAACAGCACAUUAUUCCGGUGUGUUUGCCAAGCUCAGCUGCUAAAUUGGUUGGCAAGACAGCUACAGUAGCUGGUUGGGGUCGUACUCGACAUGGAGUUUCAACAGUUCCUACGGUGUUACAAGAAGUGCAAGUCGAGGUGAUACCGAAUGAAAGGUGCCAAAGAUGGUUCCGAGCAGCUGGUCGAAGGGAAACCAUUCAUGAUGUGUUCCUGUGUGCAGGCUACAAAGAAGGUGGUCGGGACAGUUGUCAGGGCGACUCUGGCGGACCGUUGACAACGAUGCUGGACGGACGGAAAACUCUAAUCGGAUUGGUCUCUUGGGGAAUCGGAUGCGGUCGUGAACAUUUGCCAGGAGUUUACACCAAUGUACAGCGUUUCGUUCCGUGGAUCGACAAAGUAAUGACGUGA